AUGGAGGCACCAGAAUGUCCAGUUUGCAUUCAACCCAUGACGGUACCAAUAUUUCAGUGCCAAUCAGGGCACAGUUUAUGCAAUUCUUGCACUGUUAAAUUGAGUCCACCCAUUUGCCCCAUAUGUCGGCAGACAAUGACUCAAAUGAGGAACUGGCAGCUUGAAGAUUUGGUGGGCAAGGCUAUUGUUGCAUGUCCUAAUAAAAAUAAGGGAUGUGUUUAUAAAUAUGUGUCUAAAGAAAUGGAAGAUCAUGUUAAGGAAUGUAUAUUUAGGGAAAUGGACUGUCCUAUGGGCAAAGUAUUUGGUACAUGUUCUUGGUCAGGAAAGCUUAAGGAAAUGCUAAAUCAUUUUAAGGAACGCCAUCCUGGUAACUGUGCCAAUAUCACCUCAGAUGUCACAAUUGAUAAUAUCUCUGUGACUAAUGAUUGUCGUCACUUUUAUCUCCUGCAGUUUAACAAGCAAAUCUUCUAUCUUUCUUUCAAGAUAGAUACAGUCCAAAAGCUUGGAUAUUGGUUAGUCCAAUAUGUGGGCACUAAGAAGGCUGCUCGACAAAAUGUUUAUGAGAUUCAAAUGAACAGUAAACAACACCAAAAGCGACAAGUCACAUAUAUAGAUUACUGUUUUAGUGAUUCUAUGGAGGCCAAUGAAGUGUUCCGGCAAGCACAGUGUGCUGUAAUGCCUUUAAUUAUGAUGGGUCACUUCAUAGAUAACUCAAAGAUCACUUUUCGUUGUUUAAUUAAGCGUGCAUUUGAAGGGAAACCUGCCUCCAAAAAUAAUGAUCAGUCUAAGGAUUCAACAAGUGGCCAGAAAAAAGGGCCACCCCAUCCCAAUAGACAUAAGAGUCCUGGGCCCCAUGUUUCAAGGGCAAAAGGUUCUGGUACCAACAACACCCAAUCUGUGGGACCAAAACCUGGACCUUUUAAAAAACAGCAAGCACACUUUAAUAAGAAAUAA